AUGGCCUUGAGUCAAUCGAUUCAGGAUGAGAUCACUCAGUGCUUGGCUCAUGCCGACGAAGCCGGGCAGGUGGUCCAGGCAAGUGGCAGGCUGAUGGCAGUCUUGGAAAAGCAUCAGCUGAGCAGGCUUGUUCGCCUGAAACCAGAUGAGGUCGGCGUUCACUCACAGAACAGGGAUGGGUUCGGGAUCUGCCCCAAAGAUGUGCACAGUCUCUUGAGCAGCAUUGCCGCUGUCGGCUUCGACGCCAAUCAGGCAACCCCAAUCUGUACAGAGAUUGGGAGCGGCAACGACAUCCUCCAGUUCAACCAAGGGCUGGUGGCAUCUUCUGGUGGACUGCUGCCAGAAGUCAACCCCACCAAGCUGCGCUUCGCGUCCCUGAGUUGCAGCCGCACAAAUGCGGCUCUGAGAUGUGCACUGCAUGAGGUCGUUUCUGAGGAGGAACUUGUCUCGCUGAAUGGACGUAUGAGCAUGUCCAAAAUUCAGUCCAUUGACAAGGCCCUGUACGAUGCCUGCCAUGCAGGCUUGGAAUGGACGGUGAUCCACCGAGAUGUGAUGGACUUUUCUCCAAAGAUCGCUCAGCUCAUCCAGAGCGCCUGCAAUGUAUCCAGUCACAUUGCAAAAGGGGAAAGUGAAUGGCAGAUCCUUGCCAGAAUGACAUCACUAAUGAAGACUCAGCCCCAUGCUGAUUGGAACCAGGUCAAGAAGCAAGUGCUCCAGACCAAGCCGCAGUGUCAUGAGGCAACGCCUUACAUGUUCACCUUUUUGAAAAAUUUUUCCCAUGAAGGUUUGAUGAAGAGCAUUGACGCAAGGAUCAAGGCGCAUACCAGCACAAGCAAGAGUUUGGGCAAAGACUUUUUUGUGCAGCUGAGCGCCCAGUCGAAAGACUGGAAGCAGCCUUUCUUGCAUUUGCGCCACGCUGUGCUUUCGUUGGCAUACACAUCCGACAAGGCAUUUCACGCACUGGAUGUCAAGAAACUCCUGGCAAAAGAGCUGGCCCCACGCAGUGCCAAAGCUCAAGACUUGAUGAUCAAGUUUCAAGGGCUGCUGGCCAAGGAGAGUCUUGGCGAUUCCAGAUCAGCCAUUGAAAAUCUGUUUCAUCAUUUUCAAGAUCACUUGAUUCUGGAAUGCUUGGACAAGAUGAAAGAUGAGACCCCAGAGUCUCUGGCUUGCACACUGGUGGAUGAGAUCGAGAAACUCUUGGAGAAGCGAAUCACGGCUGAGUUCGAUGGCCAGAACACUGCCACCUCAAAGUUGCAGGCCGUGGUUUCUGCAAGCUCAUCUGGGCACUCAGUGCAGCUGGAGUACGACUCCAGCGGCCAGCUGAAAAACCCAAGUCAGCUGGUGGAAGCCAUGGGAUUCAGCACGGGGGCGUCGGUGAUGCGUGGCCAACAGAGGGCCACCAUCACCGGCAUGCAGGCUGCACAGAUCCAACUCACCAUGGACGAUGGAGUUGAAUACGAAAUCUCCAUCAAUAGCUUUCUCAAGGGCGAGUGGAAACUCAGCAAAAAGGUCGCCGAUGUUCAAAAGUUUGGGCACGACGACUUCAAAGACUACAUGCCGCACAAGAACGACACCCUGAACUUCAUGUGCGUCAAGGGUGAGGUCAGCCGCAGGCUGAUUGAACUGGAGAUUCAGCACGAACCAUCCUACAAAGGCCUAGUCUUGCAGACAAAGCCCUACAAGAGUGUCUUCACCUCCAAACAGUAUGCAAAGGGCAAGCUGGUCUUGGUUCCCAGCACUCAGAAAAUUGAAAGGAAGGCUUGUCCUGGUUCUGUGGCCUUGGGGUCCAUCCGAGACAUCGGAUUGCACUUGUGGCCAUGCUAUGGACCUCCAAAGCGUGAUGAUCUCGAUGGCUCGUUCUUGUGCCCCUUUUGGAUGGUCAAGCGAACCAACAAGGAGUCUGAGGCAAAUGUGGAGGUUCGCAAGCUGAUCGCAGAAGACCAGGAGAACAACAGCGUGAAGAUUCCUCUGAUGUACAACAUCUCUGCCUUGGAUGCAUCCACUGAGCUCAAGUUGUUUGUGCCCAAGCCUCAGAAGGAGGAGCCUGAAGCUCUGGUGCCAGUCCCGCAGCCAAAGGCCCACGCUGGCUCGCAACUUUCACCAUUCGAGUUCAUGGCAGAUGCAGCUUCAUCGGCAGCACCUUCAGAUGCUGAGCUGGACUCCGGCCCUGGUUUCAAGCUCGAAACCCAUUGGGCAAUUGUUCACAAGCUGGACACGUGGUAUCCCGAAGUGGUCACUCGCAAUGGUGACAACUUCAUCAAGCUCAGCAAGUUCGACCGGAAGUUCGUCUUGUUCGCACUGGGCCAGCCUAUGGACUUGUCCAAAGGUGUGGCACGGUCUGCCAACUCCUUGCUGUUCGAUCAGCUGUUGGAUUUGAGGAAGCGGGCUUCGGAGGAAUCUGCAAGGCAGCAGAUGGAGAUGCCUGAAUCUCAGGACAACCCAGCUGAUCAAGCAGUGCCCAAGCGCAGGCCCAAACGGGUCCGAGUGGAGGAUGGGUGCUUGGUGGACCCCCGUGUGGAGAUCCAGCUGCCGGAGCUUGAGACCAAGAACGAGUUCUUUUUGUCCAGAACAGCCAAGGCACUGUGGGGUGUCACGUCAAAGGAGCUAUGGCUAGAGCUCAAUGAAUCUAACCUGCACUACGUGAAGGCGAUGGUCAAGCAUGGACAGCAACAACCCAGAAAGAAAAAGGAGAAGAAAGUAUCCCCAAAGAAGUCGCCCAGGAAACGCCUGAAGCGUGCAGCCCACAUCAACAUCAGUGGCUCUCCCCCUGCCCGAAUGACUGCGGCCAAAUCGAAGGCCAAGAACAAACCCGUUGACCCUAUCGAUGAGCCCGAGACAUUCCCAGACACCAUUCCCUAUGGAAACCAGGACGAUGAUGAGGUGAACGCCACAGAUCUUGAGGAGUCUCAGCAGCAGGCAGUGCAGCCUGAUCGUCAGCGCUUUGAUGACGAGCAUUCUGACUGA